GGCCCCGCGUGGCCCCAGGUGCCCGCGAGGCAAGGCCCAGCCUCCCACCCCCGCGCGCCGCCAUGGACGCCGCGCCCGCGCUCCUGAGGGCCCCACCGGCCGAGGUGCUGGACGACGUGCUGCGGGAGCAGUUCGGGCCGUUGCCCCAGUUGGCCGCCAUCUGCCGGCUCAAGCGGCUGCCGUCGGGCGGCUACUCGUCCACGGAGGACCUGCAGUUGGUGCUGGAGCGGCGGCGCGUGGCCAACGCCAAGGAGCGCGAGCGGAUAAAAAAUCUCAACCGUGGUUUUGCCAAACUGAAGACGCUGGUGCCAUUUCUUCCCCAAAGCAGGAAGCCUAGCAAAGUUGAUAUCCUCAAAGGUGCAACUGAAUACAUACAAGUUCUCAGUGAUGUUUUGGAAGGAGCCAAAGACUCUGAGAAACAAGACCCAGAUCAUCAGAACUAUAGCAACAAUACUUCUGAACCACAUAUGUCCUUGGCUAGAGAGCUAUCGAGAAAUAUACCACACUCCGGUUGUGCUGUGGGCUUGAAGAAUGAGGAGGAAGGGUCCUGGGCAGAUGGCGGCAAUGGAUAGAUUCCCAGAAGUAGAACUGAGUCACAGGUUCCCUCAAGUAUGAAAAGUGAAAAGGCUGGCCCAGGGCUAUCUUCUACAGACAAAUAAAUGCAGUCUUGAAAGUUU